AUGCAAGCUAUCCAAUCUUCAUCUCUCCGGCCAUCUCCGGUCGACCCAUUUCUCAAAACCAUACCCCAAUUCACCAAUGUAAAGCCAUUGAGACCCAAAAGAACCCCUUUUAUCUCAGCUUCAUCCACUACAGUUUCAGCCCCAACAAGGGAAAAAGACCCCGAAAAGCGUGUUGUUAUAACCGGGAUGGGUCUUCUUUCUGUGUUUUGGAAUGAUGUUGAUGCUUAUUAUGAUAAAUUAUUGGCUGGUGAAAGUGGGAUUACUCUAAUUCAUCGAUUUUGUGAUUGUACUGGCCAUGCACUACUGAAAAUAGGUAUUCGUGGUGUCACUGUUUCGGAUGUUCGUGGUUUUGGCGCCCAAGGUGGCUUGAUUGAGAGGCAAGCUGGCUCUGAAUUCUCUGAAGACACGUUUGUUACAAAAGUUAAAAUGGAAAUUGUUGUCAGCAAAGACCAGGUUGAAGGAGUCCUUGCCAAGAUAAUUGAAGAGGCAAGAACUGGUGAAAUAGGUUAUGGAAAGAUAUUCUUGACUCCCAUCUCCGAUGUUAUAAGAGUUCGCACUGGUGAACGGGGAGAAAAGGCAGAGAGGAUGAUGGGAGGGCAUGCUGAUAUGUCCUCUGCAUUAUCAACUUCUUGAGCGGCAACGCCUCUAUCUUGAAGUUGAAACGUUUAAUCAUCUUUAGUUGUGUGCAGUCAAGUAGGGAAUAAAAUAAAUAAGUUGGAGACUUACCAUGUACCUGUGGUUUCAAUAGCCAAUUUCCA